AUGACUACUACCACAGUAGUCUCGGAGUCUCAGACUCCGCCUAACCGUGUGGGACGACUCCGCCGUCUCAGCCAACUGUGCGCCUAUACGCAAAGCCAUCUCAUCCCAUCCUCCUCCUCCUCCUCUUCCUCCUCCACCGCUGCGACCUCGCCCACAUCCACGGGCAACCAGCGGCGCCAUCGCAAUAGCCUCAGUCGCGUGGUAUCUUUAUCCUCCCCUUUCCAUAUUUCUCCUGCCACCGACUCGAUACAGCCGCUGGCGGCAUCUCCCUCGCCCGAGCGCAAGGCUCACCAAACCGAUAACCGCGCCAGCUCCGACUCGGAUCCCCGAGAGCAAUCGGCUUCAGCCUCAUUACAAUCGCUUCCAUCAGCACACGAGAGUUCUGCCCAGGCGGCUGCUUCUGGAUUACAGACGAUGGCGGCGGACAACUCUGCCCCUCAAGGUGGACAGGAGAGCGGUGCUCCACUAGCAGGAGCAGCAACAACAACAACGGAUGCUAGUAUCAUUACCGAUAACAAUAACAGCAGUGCUGUCAAUAAGAAACCAAAGAUGAACAACACUAUUCGAUUUUUUGCCUAUCAGGAUACUCACCAUUCGUCGCGCCCGUCUCUACAAUUCUCACCCAUGACCCGCACGUUACCUUCCGAAGACUGCGUCAUCCGCGUUGGACGUUACUCCGAACGUGAUGGUGUACCCAUCGCCAACCCGACAGAGCCAUCCGAUGCACCGAUAGGAUUCAAGUCAAAGGUCGUCAGUCGGAAACACUGCGAAUUUUCCAUGGUGGAUGGGCAGUGGCAUAUCAAAGAUGUUGGCAGUUCAUCAGGUACCUUCCUCAACCGGACUCGACUGAGCCAGCCGAAUAUGGCUUCCAGAUUAUAUGCUGUUCGAGAUGGGGAUAUUGUUCAACUGGGGAUUGAUUUCAGAGGUGGUGAGGAAAUGAUCUUCCGAUGUGUGCGGAUAAGAAUUGAGUGCAAUCGCACAUGGCAGCAGCGGCCGAAUGAGUUCAACAAAAAUACGGAAUCUUUGAUCAACAACCUAGGAAAGGGAAAAGCAGCUUCGAAUUUUGAAGGUUGCCGGGAAUGCUCGAUUUGCUUGGGCUCUGUUCUGCGACCUUACCAAUGCCUAUUCAUGGCAGCUUGCGCGCACGUCUGGCACUACAAGUGCAUCCGCAGGCUCAUACACACCCCGGAUUAUCCGAUGUUUCAAUGUCCCAAUUGUCGUGCAUGGACCGAUCUCAGCGCUGAGGUAGAUGAUUCAAUGGAAUUCGACGAAGAAUCAGCAAACGAAGAUGCCGAUGCUACGGAGAUCAAGCCGGAUGCUGCUGGUGAUAGUAACGGCGAUGCGAUAAGCGAUGCCAACAUUAAUGCUCCUGGAGAACAGUCACAAACAGCCGUACAGGCAAAUGGCGAAACUGGAACAGACGACAGAGAACUUGCUGCGAUUGCCGAGAAUCUGCAUUUGGAAGAGAGAAAUACACAAAUGCAGGAUGGUGAGAACCCCGACGGUGCGAAUAUCACGUGCAAAACCGAGGAACCGGUUAGUGGUAUCAGCCACUCUGCCAACAUACCCAUCCCCAACAGCUCCUCAGCACAUGCCAAUCAACUUGAUUCCCGCUCCGACACACCAGCAAACCAUGAAACGUUCGAAGACGACCCAAUGACCCCCCGCAACGAUUCCGGUCCUCUUGCUCUCGACGGUCGAGCCGGCCAUCUAUAA